AUGCUUAAAUCUCAGGAGAAUCGCCUUAAGAUUGCUAUGGAGAAAAUUGAGCAACAAAAUGUUGAUCAAUUAAAGAAUCAUGCUCGCAAUUUUGAAUAUGAGGUUAAGAAGUUGGAAGAAUCUAUCAAUCUCAAGGUUGCAGAGCUUAAGUCUGAAAUGAAUAAAGGACUGGAGAAGUUAGAGAAGAAUUAUUCAACUCUUCAUGGCAAAGUUAAUGUUAUAGAUGAUGCCAUCGCGAAGCUUGUGGAAUAUAACACUUUGUAUUCAACCAAGCUUGAUGCGAAAACAACACAAGACUCAAAAGUUUUUGAAAAGUUGGAGGAAUUUUUGAGCAGUCUAAAAAAAUCUCUUUCGAAGGUUGAUCUUUCCCGAUAA